GUUGCACUGUAUUAUAUUUGUUUAACUGUAUAUAUUGAAUCAUGCUACUGUACAAUACUUAUUCUAAUAAUUUCCUGCCCUAGGCGUUCACCAGGCUAAGACCUCAGAUGACAAAAUCAGAGAGUAUCAUUCAAUGCUGCUUCAGGAGUGCGCAAAGAUCUAUCGCCCGGAUCGGUACAUGUCUCAGCUUCCAUCGCUGAAACUACCAUAUGUAGGUCACAUGGAGAUACCCAUCAACACAGGCACCAUCAAACCAACACCAGCUAUGCAAACUAGAGCCGUAAGAGUCGUUACCAAGUAUGUAUAUAAAAAUCCAGUUUGCAUAAAAGCUACUAAAAAGAAAACUUGCCCAAUGGCCACAACUACAAAGCACAAGGGUGGCGAAGAUGAAAUAGUAACCAAAGAAUACUUUGUCCAAGAUAAAGAACAAAACCAAAGAAAUGGAAAGCAUGUUGAUUUGGGUGGAGAAGACGAUGAUACCGUGUGGAAUUCAAAUCUCUUAGAAGCUCAUUAUGACCCUUACGAAGAAAUUCAGGAAACUAGAGAUGAAACUUUCAACGAUUUCAUAGCUCCCAGUGAGACUCCUUUCUAUUCCAGUAGGAAACAAACGAAAACUCCAAAUUUAAGUGGAAAGAAGGUUUAUGAUAUGUUGAUCGAGGAUAGACUUGAUCAAUUAGAGACUAUCUUACCACAUUAUGUCAGGAGAAGGGUUUAUCAAACUUCUACAAUUACUAUGACCAAGGUGUUGAACAACAAACGAACGAUGGCUACUCUUACGGUUAAAAACUGCAUACCUCCAGGGUACCAGUUUUGCGUGACCAAGAAUAAGAAGAGGAAAUCCAAAGUAGCUAAGUUCACCAAUAACACGAACGAAAGUCUUUUUUAUUUUGGUUGAAUAUAAUUUAUUAAAUAUU